AUGUUGUCUAAGUUCUGCUUAGAGUGCUUAACUUACUCUAUGCCCACGGGCAUCGGAGGCUUGGUUCAAGGGUUCAGCCGUCAAUUUUCUCUCCCGUACUCUAGGCACCUACUCUACUUGUUACACACAAGAUGGAUAGCCAUCACGAUGAAUAUAUCAGAUGUGACUUGGCCAGGUACCGUUUCUGAAUAUUCUAAAGCCGCCUGUUGCGGGGAGGAUGUGGGGAGUCCACAGCAGGCAGCAGCAGGUCUGUUCGAAUUGUGUCUGGGCAAGAUCCUGUACCGUACUCGAUAUGCUGCACAGGCAUCAUGGUGGCAUCUUGACCUUGGGUUCAUACCUGAGAAAGGUGGUCGCUCUGAAUUGUAUUAG